AUGCGGAAUUUGCUCAAAAGACAGUCGGGUGGUUCUGGUUCUGGUACCGCUGGGAAGAUGAUCACUUUACGGGUGUAUUUCCUGGCCAUCGUCACCUCAAUGGGGGCGUUCCUAUUCGGAUAUGACAUGGCCUUUAUCGGCACAUCGAUCGAGUUGCAUUCCUUUAAGAAGGACUUCGGGCUGGAGCACGCUUCCAGAUCUGUCGAGGAUGUUUUUGCAGCCAAUAUUGUAUCUCUCCUACAAGCGGGCUGCUUCUUCGGAUCUCUCGUCUCUGCCCCACUGAGUGAUCGUUUUGGACGUAAACUUUCUCUCGGGCUGGCGGGCUUAAUAUUCUGCGUUGGGUCAACUAUGCAGGUUGUAUCGUUGGGAAGGGAGGAUGUGAUGUUUGCGGGAAGAUUUGUUUCUGGUCUUGCUGUCGGCGCCGCAAGUAUGCUCGUUCCCUUGUACAUGGCCGAGUGCUCUCCACCUCAAAUUCGGGGGCGUCUGGUCGGUAUAUUCGAGAUUGGAGUUCAGGUGGGAAUGUGCGUAGGGUUCUGGAUUAACUACGCUGUCGAUGAAACUAUGCUACGGUCAACUUCCCAAUGGCUGACGCCAUUCGCCAUUCAAUUUGUUCCUGGAGGCCUUCUGAUAAUUGGACUUCUUUUCCUUCCCGAAUCUCCGAGAUGGACUGCAAGGGCUCGGGGACAGAGGCUCGCAAGGCAAACCCUUUCGUACUUGCGGGGACUCCCCGAAACCCAUCCCUCUGUGGAGUCAGAACUCAAUGAUAUCAUUGCCCAGCUCGAGGACGAAAGGGCAAAUAAACCUGGAAAGGGACUCUGGGUCGAGAUCAAAGAGCUAGCCCAACCUGGUAUCAGAGAAAGACUCUUCCUGGGUUUUAUGAUUAUGGUUUUCUAUCAAAUGGCUGGUUCCAACGCCAUCAACCAUUAUUCUCCUCGGAUAUUCCGAUCGAUCGGUAUGACGGGCAGUAAUGUGACUUUAAUUCCAAUGGGUCUCUAUGGAGUAGUCCGACUGGUCGCUGUUUGCAUCGCCAUGUAUUGGACAGUCGAUUGCUUCGGGCGGACGCGAAUGCUGAUCUUGGGGAGUGCUCUGAUGGCCGUUUGCAUGUGGUUUAUAGGGGCCUUCGUUAAACUUCAUGCUACCACCAACCACGCCGACGAUACAGGGCCCAUCAGCGCCGGAUCCUAUGCCGCCGCAGUGUUUAUCUUUGUUUAUGCCGUCGGCUUCUGUUUCAGCUGGGCCGGUGUACCAUGGAUCAUCUGCUCUGAAAUCUAUCCGUUGCGCGUGCGAAGUCUUUGUGUGGCCAUCUGCACGGCUACCCAUUGGCUUUUAAACUUCGUCAUUGCCCGCAGCACCCCCUAUAUGAUUCGGAAUAUCAAGUACGGAACAUAUAUCUUCUUUGCCAGUUUUUUGACGCUUGCGAUCCCGUUUGUGUGGUUAAUGGUGCCGGAGACGAAGGGACUGAAGCUUGAAGAAGUGGAUGAUGUGUUUAGACAUCGAACCUUCUGGGGAAGACAGAGACAUCAGUUAUCUGGAGGGCAUCAUGCUUAUCCUCCUUCUGUGGACGCCGAAAGGGCCGAGACUGAAAGGGUUGAAGAUGCCAGGAGCGCUGGAUUCAAUGAGGUUGAGAGAAUUGAUACUUUAAAGAGGUAUUGGCUUAACACCUUGCCAGACUGA